UCGGAUAUGUCAAAUGAACAUGGACCCAUAUGAAACGUCAGCACAGUGAGUGUAGUAGCAGUUUACGUAUUGAUGUUAGCGAGCUAGCCUAGUAAAAUACAGUCCAGACAUAGAAAGACAUUUGUCGUAAAGCAGUAUAUUUGUAGAGUUAUUACAUUGGGAAACGGUAGAGUUUAUAUUCGUUGCAGAGAAUACGUUUAACACAAUGGACUUCACUUGGAUUGUUUUACUUUCUCGAAGUUCAUACGAUUGAAGGAGGAAUGACAAUGACAGUUCCCUUGCCUGUGAGAGGAGGCUACACUGGAAUACAGCUGUUCUGUGACCAAAACAAGGGACCUUGAAGAACCACAGCCUGUGUGACAGAGGACUUGCAUUGUGGAGUUUUUUGGGAGAGUAGCAAGCAGUACACUUGGGUAAAGAAACACUAAGGCAAGGUGGAGAUGUUUGCCAAACUGAAAAAGAAGAUUGCUGAGGAGGCAGCCACAGCCCCCCGGACCGGAGUCCGCAUGCUUCGCUCCUACAGCAAAGAGUCCAUUACGUCAGUGGGGGCAGACUCGGGGGAUGAUUUUGCCUCUGAUGGCAGUAGCUCCAGGGAUGACCUCUCCUCCCAGAUCCUCAGAAGGAAUGAUCAGAUUCGCAAGCUGGAGGCCAAACUAUCAGACUACGCUGAGCAGCUCCGACUUAUGCAGAAGACCAAGGACAAGCUUGAAAUUGCAUUAGAAAAACAUCAGGAUUCCUCCAUGAGGAAACUGCAGGACCAGAAUGAGACUCACCAGGCCAAUAGAGCCAAAAUGGCCGAAGGCAUGGCUUUGGCACUGGACAAGAAGGAUCAGGAAUGGAUGGAAAGGAUAUCUACGCUGGAGCAGGAGAAAGCGUCUCUGUCUGUGAGGCUAGAUGAUAUGAUGGAGCAGAGCCUUACUCUGUUCCAGAAGAGGGAUGACCUGGACGAGCUGGAGGGCUUCCAGCAGCAGGAGCUCGCCAAAGUCAAACACAUGUUACUGAGCAAGGAGGAGCAGCUGGUCCAAAGGGAGCGAGUGCUCCACCAGAAGGGUGCCGAGCUGCAGAUGGCCAAGAAGGUUCUGGCCGAAGCCCAGGAGCAGCUGCGGGCUCUGCGAGAGGAGCAUCAGGAAAGUUGCAGGCUCAACACGGAGCUGGAGAUGGAGAGAGAGGACCUGCUGGAGUUCAGGGAGGAGGCUGAGAAAAAGAUUAGUGAGCUGGAGGGCAGAGGCCAGAACCUGCAGAAGGUCACCCAACAGGUAUCUGAGGACUUCCAGAAGUCGCAGAGCAGGGCAGCAGCUGUAGAGAAGUCUCUCCGUACGUUACAAAUGGAGAACAAUGCCCUGAAGCUGGAGCAACACAAAGCUGCAGUGACUGAUGAGGACAAGGAGCGUGUGCUGCUGGACCUGCAGGAGAAGAACUCAUCUCUGGAGAGACAUCUGCAUGGUAACCUGAGUGAAGACGAGCUCCUCCAGGAGCUGCUCAAAGAGAAGUCCACUCUGGAGCAGAGGCUGGAGGAAACGAGAGUUGAGCUGCUGGAGGCACGCACCAACCAUGCAGACACGGUUAGCUCUUUGGAGACUCAGAUAUCCAGACUCAACAACAACGUGACUGAACUACAGACCCUGCUACGACACAAAGACGACUCCUCCAAGAAUUACAGAGAGAGAACGGACGCACAGAUAGCAGGUCUGGAACAGCAGGUGCAGGAGAGCAAUGAGAGGCUCAAGAACACUGAGCAGCAGAUCUCUGACAAACAAGCACAUCUAGACAAACUGCAGGCAGAGUGGAGUGUGGAGAGGGACAGUCUGCAGCAGCAGGUGUCUGCAGAGCGGCAACAGGGCCAGGAGAGGGCAGGUUGGCUGGAGGAGCAGCUCACUGCACUGCAGACAGAGAGAGACACCGAACACACCUCUGCCCAAGCCAGGAUUAGUGAGUUGGAGCAAGAGAGAGCGUCUCUGCUGAGGGGGAGGGAGAAAGCUGACGUGGCUCUGAGGAGGCAGGCAGAGGAGCUCGAGCAGGCCAGGUCAGAGCUGAGCAGCAGGCAGACAGUGAGUGUGGAGAUAGCCAUGGCUCUGGAGGACACCAGGAGACAGAAGGAGGAGCUCCAACUACAGGUAGUAGAGAUGAUGGCGUCACUUCAAACAACAUCGCAGGAACUGGCCCACGUCACUGAGCAGCUGAAGCGGAAAGAAGAGGAUCUCCAAACACUUCGCAAUGAGCUGCAGAGCGGCCAGAGCUCCCUGUCCCAGCUGCAAGAGGAGGCGGAGGGGCUGCAGGCAGCAGCCCAGGAGAGACAGGAGGAGAAGGACAGCCAGCUGGUCAGCUUGAGGCAGGAGCUCCUAACCCAGAACGAGCAGUUGGACUCCUGCCAGUUACGGGUAUCAGAGCUGGAGGUAGAGGUAGAGACUCUGACGUUGCAGCAGACUCCAGAGCUGUGUGAACUGGACCAGAAUGGGACUGUGACGGUGGAUGACCUGGACUACAUGCAGAAGGCCAACCGAGACCUGGAGCAGCAGCUCAGUGACAAGAACAAGACCAUUAAGCAGCUGCAGCAGAGGCUAGCAGAGCUAAAGAGGACCUUGCAGAAGGAGCUGAAGCUGAAACCUGAAACAGAGUCCGAUGGGAAAGAGAGGGCCCAAGAAGGGAGAGGAGAGAGGCAAGAGAGGCCAGACAGAAUCUUUACAGAGCCCACUCCAGGCCCGGCCCCGGGCCCAAACACCACUGUCACCAACACAUCUGAUCUCAAUGACUCACGAGAGAUCAACUUUGAGUACCUCAAACACGUGGUGCUAAAAUUCAUGUCAUCCAGAGAGGCUGAGGCCUAUCAGCUGAUCAGAGCAGUGUCUGUGUUGCUGAACUUCACUGGUGAGGAAGAGGACAUGUUGAAGCAGACUCUGGAGUACAAGAUGUCCUGGUUUGGAUCCAAGCCUUCUCCGAAAGGUAUUGUCCGGCCAUCACUUUCAGGGGCACCUGCUCACUGGAGCUGAGGGGACCAAGAGAGGAAGAGGGGACAGACACACAAACAGUACUUUUAUCAUGUGUUUGCAUGACUGCUCCCACCACUGUGGCAACCAAAUGAACAUUGUAAAGAGGACACAACCCAAGCUUUAAAAUGGUUUCUGACAUGACACAGAUUCCUAUGUACUGUAGCUCCUCAAUCACUCCUGAGAAAAAAAAAAUCUUCAUCUUCAAGAGAAAAGAGAAUGGCUCUACAAUGACUUAGAGGGGCAAAGUCUUUUUAAUAUGGUCUGUUUUUGUUUGGGGGGGGGGGGGUGAUUUUUAUUUACAUGUAAAAUGUUAACCUUAAGAGAAACGCUCCUCCCUCCCCUUGGAAUGAGUUUAACAUUAGAUCUAGCUCUGUCAUGGACACAGUACAAGUACACUACAUUACCAAAAGUAUGUGGACAUCUGUUUGUCGAACAUCUCAUUCCAAAUUCAUGGGCAUUAAUAUGGAGUUGGUCCCACCUUUGCUGCUAUAACAGCCUCUACUCUUCUGGGAAGGCUUUCCACUAGACGUUGGAACAUUGACGCCGGGGACUUGCUUACAUUCAGAUAAAAAAACAUUAGUGAAGUCGGGCACAGAUGUUGGGUGAUUAGGCCAGGCUUGCAGUCGGCGUUCCAAUUCCUACCAAAGGUGUUUGAUGGGGUUGAGGUCAGGGCUCUGUGCACGCCAGUCAAGUUCUUCCACACCGAUCUCAACAAACCAGUUCUGUAUGAACCUCAUCUUGGGCACGUGGGCAUUGUCAUCCUGAAACAGGAAAGGGCCUUUUCCAAAUUGUUGCCACAAAGUUGGAAGCACAGAAUCGUCUAGAAUGUAAUUGUAUGCUGUAGCAUUAAGAUAUCCCUUCACUGGAACUAAGGGGCCUAGCCCGAACCAUGAAAAACAGACCCAGACCAUUAUUCCUCCUUCACCAAACUUACAGUUGGCACUAUGCAUCGAGGCAGGUAGCGUUCUCCUGGAAUCUGCCAAACCCAGAUUUGUCCGUCGGACUGCCAGAUGGUGACGCGUGAUUCACUAACGCGUUUCUACUAGUCCAGAGUUCAAUGGCAGUGAGCUUUACACCACUCCAGCCAAAGCUUGGCAUUGCGUAUAGUGAUCGCGCGGCUGCUCAGUCAUGGGAACUCAUUUCAUGAAGCUUCCAACGAACAGUUUAUUGUGCUGACGUUGAUUCCAGAAGCAGUUUGGAACUUGGUAGUGAGUGAUGCAACCGAGGACAGACAUUUUUUACAUGCCAUGCGCUUCAGCACUCAGUGGUCCUGUUCUGUGAGUUUGUGUGGCUCAAUGUACUCAAUUUGAUACACAUGUCAGCAACGGGUGUGGCUGAAAUAGCCGAAUCCACUCAUUUGUAGGGGUGUCCACAUACUUUUGUGUAUAUAUGGUGUAUGUCUUAUUCUCCAGGUGUUAUUAAGAGUGAGAUGGGUCAGGCCUACCAGGCUGUCACAACUCUUUUUGACAGAGAAGAUUAUUUCUGUUUCUGUGCUCCAAUGUUUUUUCUUUAAUUUAGACAGAAAACGGUAUUUACUGCCGAUGACUACCUACGGCAGGGUUCCCCAACUAGCCUGCGUGUGAUAGCCUGAAUUUGGCCUGCGUGUGAUUUUAUUUGGCCCCCAAUGUUUUCUGAGCAAAAACGCUAUUAUUAUUUUUUUUGUUUUUUUUAUAUUGUUGGACAUAAGACUGUAAAAACGCCAGGAAAUCAGCUCCAAGUUAUUUUAAUUUUGGACAUCUGUUCCCAAAUAUCCUCCUGAAAUUGUUUUAGUCUAAUAUUAUUUCUGUUUGGGAUUCUUGCAGUCAAUUUGCAGUCUACAAAUAUUUGUAAUUAUGUUCCAGCCCCCCGACCAUCCCAAAAAAUGAGCCUGCGGCUAGAUCCAGUUGAUGAUCCCGUCUCUAUGGUUG